GUUUACACCAGGAACAUAAUAAAGGAGUACUAUUUUCGUCAAAUUGGAAAUAAAUUUUAGCGACCAGCGGUUUGAAUUAUAACGGUGCAUAUGUUUGAUUUGGACUUGUAAUUUUUAUAAAUUUCAUAUAAAAAGAUAGAGCAAAUUUACAAAAGUUUUGUCAAAAAUAUAUAGAUUUGGCAUUCUUGAUAUGAAAUUUCCGCGCUUGUUUUCAGAGCUGUCAUCAUGAAGAUAUAUAUACAUGCAUAUUAAUAUACGUAAUGACAAAGAAACAGACUCUUUAAUUGGUUAUUUUUACACGUAUGGACUGGAAUUCCAGAGAAAAUGAUGGAUGUUGAAUUUUACCGCGGAGCGAGAAAUGAUCAUCCAAAAUCUCGGAAUAGCUCUCACAGAUACUAUGACCUCGGAGGAGCAGAACCCACUGCAGAAACAGAAGACAUGAGCAGAUACAUCUUUUACAACGGUUUCAAAAACACCAAUACUCAUAUGAAUGCAGAACAGGACAGAAAACAUGACGAAAUUCCCCACAACAAGUCACAUGAUACAACAAAAGAAUUUGCAAGCAUUCAGUCAUCUGAUUCUUCUAGAAAACACAAGACUUUUCGGCGCAUCAUUGCCAGGUUUGCAGAGAAAACGUCGAUGCAAGGUGUACCCUAUAUCAACAAUGCCAAACUUUGGUGGGCAAAACUGAUUUGGAGUUUCAUGUUGCUGGUAGCCAUAGCUGCAAUGUCAUUGCAUCUUUGGUAUUUAGUGGAUCAGUACACGGACUGGCCAGUGCAGACAAAAAUUUCACUGGGAUUUGAAACACUUAAAUUUCCAAAAGUUACAAUUUGCAACACAAAUGCAAUACACAGAGGUCGUUUAAACAGAUAUAAUGAGGCAGAGGAUCUUAAAGAUCUUGUUGAAGACUUGAAACCAGAAAAUCUUGUUCCUGAUCAAUUCGAUGAAAAUUACGAUCCAUAUGCUAGCAAACCCCCAGAUAACGACCAGCCAGGCGGUGGACCCUCCCCUACAAACCAAGGCCAGGGUAACGUACCGGAUGGCAAGUCGGAUGGCGGGACUGUUCCACCUGAUGGACCACCCUCACAAAACGGGUCUCCAGGUUCUCAGAAAACACCAAGAAGAGGCAAACGUUUUGUGAAGCAGUAUAAGAAUUUCAAUAAAACAAGGUAUGACGAAAGGGAACGGCCUAAUUUCCGGGACGUAAAGCCACAAGAAGAUGAUGACUAUGAUGGAAGGGUAGAUUCAAAGACAGCGAUAGAGGAUCUUUUCUCUGGAAUGUAUAUGGAUAUUGAUAAAACGGACAGAGCACAGUUAGGCCAUAACAUAACUGAUAUGCUGGUAAGCUGUACGUUUAAUGGGAGAGAAUGCUCGACCAAUAUGUUUACCCUUCACCAGACAUUAGAAUACGGAAAUUGCUGGUCCAUAAGUUCGGAUAAAUUCAACGUGAAAACAUCCGGUCCGUCAGGAGGUCUUUCCCUGGUAUUUUACUUGGAAGUAACAGAAUAUUUGAAAGGGAUUACGACUGGAUAUGGCGCAAGAAUGCAAAUACACGAACAGCGUACAUACCCCUUUCCAGCUGAAGAAGGUCUAUAUAUUCCUGCUUCUAUGGAGACGGAUAUUGGACUAAGAAUGAUUUCCAUAACACGACAAAGUGGACUAUACGGGGACUGUGACGACGGUACGGCCUUUCAGAAAUCAACAACUUUCAAGUACACAAGAUCGGCAUGUCAGUCAUUUUGUGUGAUUUCAAAAGUGAUGGAGAGGUGCAACUGUUUCAGCCAAAAGUCGGAAGAAUUUGCAGGCAGUAAAGAUAGUCAGCUUAGACCUUGUAGGUCGAGGGAGGAAUUGCUGUGUAUGGUUAAUAUAGAGAAAGAAUUUGGAGCUGAGAAAUUUUCAUGUAACUGUAACAACCCUUGCAAUGAAAUACAGUACUUGAAAAGUGUAAGUCAGCGACAAUGGCCAGGCGAUGAUUAUGCGAUGGUUCUAUUACAAGAAGUAUGUGACAGAGACCCGGAUGACUGCGCAACAAUACGAGAGUUCUUAGGUGAUCCAGCGAAGAUCAGAAACAAUUUCAUGAAGUUGAAUAUUUACUACGAAGAUCUGAAUUAUGAAAAUAUCACAGAAAUUCCAGAAAUAGAGAUACAGCAGUUUCUCUCCGAUGUGGGUGGAGCGAUUGGACUGUGGAUAGGUCUAUCAAUUCUGAGCCUUUGUGAGCUGGUGCAAUUGUUUGUUGAGUUAUGUGACUAUGGUAUUCAUAAAACUGUAAAGAGUGGACGUCAUGACAGAAAAAAACGCAGAGCAUCAAGGAAGGGGCUUGAUAAUGCAACUGGUCGAAGUUUCGCAUCAAAAGAUAACAAUAGUUGCGCUAGUAAACUUUCUAGGAGUAAAGCUGAUGUCGUAGGAAAUGACUUUUAUCUACCUCCAGGCCAACGUUGUGAUAUGUAUACAGACCAUUCUCAUCCAGGAAGUGACACAGUGUACGAUAAACCAUACAAUUAAGACACCAUACUAGCACAAAAUUAUUAAAACAUUGAUUUGGCUUUCGCAAAUACCAGUGAAACCUUUUAUCACAGUUUUUGUUGCAAUGUUUGAACGUAAGGCCGUCUGAUGUAACAAUUAUCAUUCGCUAGAAGACUCUUAUUUGAUGUUUUGAUAUUCGUCGCGGUUUUUUAUUUCCAAUUCUAGAGUAGUACAGGGGAACCUCAAAGACAAGGUUUACAAAAUAUUUUAAUGCUGUUUUUAAAACUGUUAAGAAUGAUAAUACAGUUUUAACAAUGUAAGUAUUAAAUUUUACGAUGGUACCAUUUAGGUGACAUUUGUUGGUUUAGUGUGUGGCAAAGGACACAUGGUAAGAGA